AUGAAGUCGACUAUAGGGACAAAUAAUAAUGUACCUAGUUAUUCGAUCGAGCUCUCUGGAAGACUUAUAUUGACGUGGGUUAGUAUCAACCAUCUGUCAACCCUUCGACCGUCCAUUUGUCAGUCCAGGCGUAUGCCCAUUGAGACCGUCACGUAUGAGCUGCAACAGAGACAGAAUGCGACCGAUGGAGUCCAACAGUCUCUCAUGCAGUUCAACACACUCUCUGAUGGUGGGCAGUAUGCUGUGAACAGUACGUGCAAACUCUGUCACUCUGUUGAAUACACUUUCCAACAGUUGAAGCCGGUUCAGAUCAUUUGA